AAAGAGUAAGCACUAAACGUCCCAGCUCAGGAAUUGUUUUCAUUUUGUGUGUUACCAUCAAAGCUAGUACAUUUUUGCUAAUUUCCAGACAAAUUUUUCAUUAUUCAAAAUGAACAAGUGGAAGCCAUCGCAACGCGAUCAGAUGAACAUGCCGUGGAGACGUGCCAAUAUGCAGACGGGCGAAUACAAUCACAAUGUGGUUCAUGAAAAAGUCGAACAGCUAUUUGGACGAUACAAAAAUCCGUAUGAUCCGACAAAAAUCUCACCCGACGGUGUAUGUCGAUUUUUGGAAGAUUUACGACUCAAUCCAACAUCAAAAUUGGUUUUGAUCAUUGUAUGGAAAUUUCGCGCCGAAACUCAAUGUGAAUUCACGAAAUCGGAAUUUGUAAAUGGUUUCGUUGAAUUGGGAAUAGAUAGCAUAGAUGGUUUGAGAUCAAAAUUACCAGCUUUAGAAAAUGAAUUACGCGAUCCGAAUAAAUUCAAGGAUUUUUAUUACUUUACAUUCAACUAUGCAAAAGAUAACACGCAAAAAUGCAUCGAUCUGGAAAUGGCCAUCGCAUAUUGGAAUAUUGUGCUCAGAGGUCAAUUCAAAUUUCUUGACCAAUGGUGCGAGUUCUUGAAGAACAACCACAAACGCUCUAUUUCGAAGGACUCAUGGAAUAUGUUAUUGGACUUUGCAGUGGAAAUCGGUGACAACAUUGCCAACUAUGAUGCUGAAGGUGCGUGGCCAGUAUUGAUGGAUGAUUUUGUUGAAUGGUUUCACACAAAUUAUUAAAAACAAUCAGUGAUCAACCAAUCGACAACAAUUACCGAAAAACAACACCCCACGUACUGCGGCUAAUCAAACCUUCGUCCAGCACACAAAACAUUUGAACAGACACACCAAUCAAUCAACAACAAAAUUUUUAACUUUUUCAAGAAAAUCAUUCUUCCCGUGAAAACAAAUACGUGCCAAUUUGUCAAUCUUUAUGUUAUUUCUCGUUUUUUCCUUAAUAAAGCAAUCAAGAAAUUCAAACCAA